UCAAAACACCAUUGAUUUACUGUAAAUAAAAACUCUGGUAUUAAGAAGAACUUAAAAAACAAAGGAAACCCAAUACCAAUGUAUCAUCAUCCAUCACAAAUUCUAAAGAGAGAAGAGACCUAGAGAGGAGCGAUGGCGGUGACACUUGCACCAGGAUUAUCAAGAAAACUUAAAAAAGUAUUAGAAUCAAGAACUGAUUCACCUGAUCUACUAGAUUCAUUAAACACUCUUUCUUCAUUCUACAGUGAAAACACUCAACAAUCUCGUAGAAAUCUUAGAUCUAAUAUUGAGAAAAGAUCUCUUGAUAUUAAUCAUGAGUUUCUUUCUGCUUCUAAUUCUGCUCAACAAGCAUUGGAUCGUGUUGAAGAAGAAGUUAAUGCAUUAGCUGAUUGUUGUGACCACAUUGCCAAGGCACUCGGCAGUUGCAGUGCGAGUACUGGGGAUAUCAUCAGUACCACUGAGAGGCUGAAGCAAGAGCUUGAGAUCACUACUCAACGUCAAGAGAUUGUCAAUUUGUUUCUCCGAGAUUAUCAGCUUUCUAACGAAGAGAUUAAUGCACUAAGGGAAGAAGAUCUAAAUGAACAAUUCUUUAAGGCGCUUUCUCAUGUUCAAGAAAUUCAUGCUAACUGCAAGAUACUACUCCGGACACAUCACCAGCGAGCGGGUCUGGAGCUGAUGGACAUGAUGGCUGUAUACCAAGAGGGAGCCUAUGAACGCCUUUGCAGGUGGGUUCAAGCCGAAUGUAAAAGAUUGGGUGACACUGAGAAUCCUGAAGUUAGUGAACUUCUGAGGACAGCUGUUAGGUGCCUGAAAGAAAGGCCUGUUCUUUUCAAGUAUUGUGCUGAAGAGGUAGCCAAUAUGAGGCAUCAUGCAUUGUUUAGAAGGUUUAUAAGUGCUCUUACACGCGGAGGACCCAGUGGUCACCCUAGGCCAAUUGAAGUGCAUGCUCAUGAUCCUUUACGUUACGUUGGUGAUAUGUUGGGAUGGCUACAUCAGGUGUUAGCUUCUGAAAGGGAGCUUGUAUUCGUUUUACUCGACCCAGAUGCAAUGGUAGAUACUGGGCCCACUGCUCGGCGAUUUUCCCAGAGUGCAGAAAGUGAUUAUACCAAUUCGUCUGAAUCUGAUGUAAUAUUUGUGUUGGAUAGAAUAUUUGAGGGGGUAUGCCGGCCAUUUAAAGUGAGAGUUGAACAAGUUUUGCAGUCUCAACCUAGUCUGAUAACUGCGUAUAAACUUAGCAAUACACUGGAGUUCUACUGCUACACUGUUUCAGAAUUGCUUGGCCGAGAAACAGCUCUCUGUGACACCCUUUGGCUACUCAAAGAUGCUACACAACAAACUUUCUUUGACAUCUUGAAGACUAGAGGAGACAAACUUUUGCGGUACCCUCCCCUUGUUGCAGUUGAUCUUUCACCACCAUUGGCAGUGCGAGAAGGAGUCUCUGUUCUGCUUGAAAUAAUUGACACUUAUAACAGCAUGAUGAUUCCUGCUUCAGCCAAGAAGCCUGACUUCGAACCAGUUAUCUCCGCUUUACUGGAUCCUGUAGUACAGAUGUGUGAGAAAGCAGCAGAGGCACAUAAAUCCAAAAGAGUAACAAAUUCGUUAAGGAGAAGCAGAACAAGUUCUGGUUCGAACCAUUUCAGUACAGAUUCUUCAGCAUCAGUGGAUGCAAUUUUGUCAAACAGCAGUUCAAACUCAUCUUCGCAGAAUAAUGAAACACCUUCAAAGAUCUUCCUCGUCAAUUGCUUGACAGCUAUCCUGCAACCAUUGGUGGGACAUGACAUUGCAAGGGAAUAUGUGAGGAACCUUGAAUCCAUGAUUGAGAGGCAUGUAAAUGUGCUUGUGGAAAAAGAGGUUGAUUCCGUCCUGAAGAAAUGUGGUUUAUCAAACAAGAUUUCUGUGAUCCAGAGUUUGGUUACUGAUGAGGAAAACAGUACUAAGGUGUUAGCAGAGGUAGAUCAAAUGUCACCAGCUUCAUUCUCGGAGUGUCUGAGGGCCUUCUUUGGCCUCAUCUUAGGAAGUGACGGCUCGUCACUUCCAGAAUUCGAACAAAUGCAAGUCCCUCGACUCCGUUCAGAAGCUUGCCUCCAGGUCGGAAGGUCGCUAGCUGAUGCUUAUGAACUUGUAUACAACACUAUUAUGGAUCCCAAGAAUGGGUAUCCAGACCCCAAAUCAUUGGCAAGCUAUCCACCUGAUCAGAUACGGACCAUCUUAGGCAUUUAAAAAGAUACAUACAAUAGUAGGUCUUCCAUCGUCUAUACAUUAUAUAUACUUUUGUAACAGAAACUGAAUUUUGUCAUUGUAGUCUGUAGAUUUCUAUUUGUGGGCUUAAAAACUGUUCUGGGCCACCCUAAUUCUUCAAGGUUUCUUAUCUCACAGCCAGUAGUUUCCUUUUUCCGAUUUCAA